AUGGUUAACCUUGUUUUGGGGGGUGAUAGUGAGAAAAAAAUUCAGCAAAUAUCACUCUCUGACAACACAGUAUCAAGACGCAUUGAAGAAAUGUCUAUUGAUAUAAAAGAACAAGUGAUCAGGGCGAUAAAAGAUGCUGGCUUAUUUGCUCUGCCAUUAGAUGAAUCCACUGAUGUUUCAUCUUAUUCACAACUUCUUGUAUUUACUAGAUACGUUCAUGAGGGAAAAUUUAAAGGGGAAUUUCUUUUCUGUCAGCCACUUGAAACUACCAUCAAAGGUGAAGAUAUAAUGAAAGGGGUAACAAACUAUUUCAGUGAGUUAGGACUAGCAUGGAAGAAUGUGUGUGCAGUGUGUACUGACGGGGCACCUGCCAUGUUAGGUUCAAAAUCGGGUUUUGUGUCUAGAGUUAAAGAGAUUGCUCCUGAGGUUGCAGUGACUCAUUGCAUGAUCCAUCGUCAGGCACUUGCAUCUAGAACCCUCCCUAGGGAACUCCAAGCCAUCUUAGACAACGCUAUAAAGAUAGUCAAUUAUGUAAAAUCUAUGCCUGUGAACACUCGUCUUUUCAAACAGUUGUGCAAAGGUUUCGAUUCCGAGCAUCAACCUCUGCUUUUCUACACUAAAGUUCGAUGGCUAUCCAAGGGCAAUGUCCUGAACAGAGUUUUUGAGCUUAGAGAAGAGCUAAAGAUGUUUUUGGAUAUGCAAGAUAAGGAGCCAUUUUUUUCAAUGAUCCACUUUGGGAACCACGUUUAG